AUCUCUGUGGGUGUAAACAACGCCAGCGGGGUAUCAGCAGACUGUGUGUGGUUUUCUGCAGGGCGCCUCAGAUCUGAUACAGUUUAGUUCAGCAGUGCUCAUGUGAGACCGAGCCUACUGGAAUGUAAAAAAUGGCAUUAGGUACAAAAAGACCACAGUAAACUUUGCCAUGUCAUAUAUACCAGUCAUAUAUAUAUCUAAGACAUCAGUCAAAUCCUUCAAGUGACUACACUCCACCUUUCUUCCAGCUCUUUUUGGCAUGGGACCCCACUGAGAUGAAGUCUUCAAAUGUCAAAUUCAAACUUGUAAAACAAAACACUGGAGCUAUUUCUCAUGAACUGGUUAGCCUCUGGCCUGCAGUAAAUGAAAUUACAAUAGUUAUUCUCUUUCACCAGCAGGAGGCAGCAAUGAUGCAUCCACAACCCCACGAAACUCUGUCAAAGGUCAAAUUUAUAACUUAUUGUAUGGUCUUGUCUAUGACGCCGGGUGUUUAUUACACAUAACACAGGCACUGUAAGAGCAGGUCAUGUCCCAUUUUGUGUAGAUUAUGUUUGGCCUUGUCAAGUUCUGUCAGCAACCUUACUACCUUCUUGAGUGCCUAUUUCAAAUGUUAACAUCCUAAAAUUGUAAAAUAAAUAAAUAAAUGUUAUGUUACAGUGUAAAAGACCGCACAGCAUAUUAUAGUAUUUGUAUCUUUAACUCUUCAGUCAACUCUUUCAUCUUCACAAUUAAUCUCAGAAACUCAGGUGUAGAAGACUUACAUCAUCUAGGCCCUUGAAGACAGAAAACACCAACAGGGGAAAGAGGCGGAGCAACAUGGCAUGUUCAGGCUGUCAUUCAUUCAAGGAUCAAUGAGCAUACAUUCUGGCAUUUGGUGGCUUUUCUGGAAAGCAGUCUCCUGUAGGCCGCUGUGCAGGCCCCCGCAGCUGAUCAUAUUAUUUCAGCUGGUUUGCUGCACUCACCUUCAGUGCGCGCUCCACUAUGGACCGUAAAAGGGAUGACUGGCACAGGACAAAAAGAGAAAGGAAAACCCACAUGCCACAGAAUGACGGAUGACAGGAGUACUAUGCUGCACAUCCUUGAGGAGCCUCAGAUGCGAAGGGAGGGGGAGAGACUUCGAACUUUUCAGAGCUGGCCGGCAGAUGCACCUGUCACAUCUGGAGACCUGGCCAAGGCGGGCUUCUUCUUUCUAGGCCCCGGGGAUAAAGUCCAAUGUUUCUGCUGUGGUGGGAUUUUAAGAUGCUGGGUACACGGGGACAGCCCGGCUGCCGAGCACAGGAGACAUUUCCCCACUUGUAGUUUCAUACUGGGUCAAGCUGUGGGAAAUAUUCCACUCCAGUUUGGAUCCUCUGACUCUGUGGACGGCCAGCUGUUGAGUCAACUCCAGAGGAUGACUAUGGAUGACCAGGGGACAGCUGGACAGGCAGUCUACCCUGAGAUGGAGGCGGAGGAUUCCCGGCUCACCACCUUCCACAACUGGCCCACAGAGGCCUCGGUCCAGCCAGACGUUCUCGCCAGAGCAGGAUUUUUCUACACAGGUCACGGCGACAACGUCAAAUGCUACUACUGUGAUGGAGGGCUGAGGAACUGGGAGCCGGGAGACGACCCCUGGCAGGAACAUGCCAAGUGGUUUCCACGAUGUGAGUUUUUAAUCCAGUCAAGGGGGCAGGAGUAUAUCAGCAAUAUACAAGAUGCUCAUUUCCAUCUGGGUGAUACUAUGGGUGGCUCACCGACAUCCACAGGCAGAGAUAUUGGCUCCAGAAAUGAUAUGGUUGGAGGUCUGGGAGCUUCGUCUGCCAUGCUCUCCCCUGUGGUGCAGACUGUGCUCCAGAUGGGCUUUGAAGCCAGCCUGGUAGAGAGUCUGGUUCAGACCAAGUACCUUUUGACAGGCCAGCACUACACUUCUGUGUCUGACCUAGUAACUGACGUACUGCAGGCGGAGGAGGAGGACAGACAGAGGGGGUCACAGAGCAGAGAGCCAGAGAUGAGGCAAGGCUCCAGUGCAGGAGGUGUAAGGACACAAACACCCAUCAGAGAGAGAGUGAAAGACCCCACUCCAGAAGAGCUCCUGAGGCAGCUGCAGGAGGAGAGGACCUGUAAAGUGUGCAUGGACAAGCUGGUGUCCAUCGUUUUCAUCCCCUGUGGUCAUCUGGUGGUGUGUGGUGACUGUGCCGCCAGCCUGCGUCACUGCCCCAUCUGCAGAGCUGUCAUCAGAGGCAGCGUUCGUGCCUUCAUGUCCUAAGGCUGUAGUGAGAAGCCACCCCUAUACAGGUGUUGCAUGAGUGGCCUUCAGUUUUCCUCUGUACUCAUUUUCCCUUUCACUGAUGAAAAUCAAGAUUAUUUUAGCUAUUGCAGGUUGCUUGUGUUGUCAGAGUUUACCGAUAAUUUUCUAUAAUAAAAAUUUUAAGCUGUU